AUCCCAGCUCUUCCUUCCUCUUCCGGCACGAAUCCCGUGACAAUUUGUGGCCUCACAUCGUCCCCCCCUCCAAGCAUCGACACCCAGGGGCCACCCCAGCCAUUCUCUGUGCUCAUAGUCUGGAAAAAAUCUCAAGUAAAGCUCUGCGGAGCGGGAAAUCCAGCCCGAAAUCCAAGGAGCGGUGAGGAAAUUGGAUACAGAUGUGGGAAGAGGAGGGAUCCAUCCCACCCAUUCCGAGGUCCUCAGCCGCCUCCUGCUGUCCCCGGGGUCCCCUGUGCCGGCGUGACCCUGUGUCCCCCGUGUCCCCCGGCAGUGCCACCAUGCGCCUGCCCUGCUGCCUCGUGCUCCUGGCCAGCCUCGUCCCGCCAGCCCUCGGCUCCUGGGGGGUCUCCUACCCCGAGUUCCUGAAGGCCAGCGGGGGGUCCUGCCUGGUUGUCCCCUGCACCUUCAGCUACCCCCUGGGUGUGACAACCGCCGACGGCAUCGUGGCCAUCUGGUACAAGGACUACGACGGCCAGAGGACGCUUGUGUUCCACUCCACCACCCCCCAGGACGUGGAUCCCCGUUUUAGGGGUCGUGCCCAGCUCCUGGGGGACCCCAAGGCUCGGAAUUGCACCCUGCUGCUGCAGGGGGUGACACCGGGGGACAGUGGCCUCUACAGGUUCCGCUUCGAGAUCAUCAACGGCGACCGCUGGUCGGCGUCGCGGGACGUGACCCUGAGCAUUUCGGAGGAUCUGGAGCGUCCCGGUGUCACCGGCAGCGAGGAGCAGACCGAGGGACAAAGGUCCACCUUGGAGUGCUCCACGCCCUACUUUUGUCCCGGGGGUGGCAGCGUCCUGCGCUGGGAGGGCUACGACCCCCGGGUGUCCGAGGUGUCCAGCCACGUCCAGCUGGACACCAGCGGGGUCAGCCACCAGGUGACCCUGGCCAGCUCCUUCACCUGGAAGGACCAUUCCAAGAAGCUGCUCUGCGUGGUUUCCGACGGAUCCAAGAGGGCGAGCACGGAGGUGGUGCUGCGGGUCAGGCACUCCCCCAAGGACACGCAGGUGUCGCUGAGCCCUUCCUCGGGGAACAUCGGCGUGGGUGACACGGUGACCCUGAGCUGCGAGGUUGGCAGCAGCCACCCCCCGGUCUCGGGGUACCACUGGUACAAGGACGGGGUGGCCGUGGGCACCGAGCGGGUGCUGGCCCUGCGGGGCGUGCGCCGUGAGGACCACGGGCGGUACCACUGCGAGGCCCAGAACGCCCUCGGCACGGGGGUGUCACCUCCUGUCACCCUCCGCGUGUUCUCCGCAGAGGUCUCGGCCAGCCCCGCCGCCGAGGUGCGCGAGGGGACGGCCACCACCUUGUCCUGCGAUGUCCCCGGGCGGGAGGGACAUCCCGAGGAGCUGACCUACACCUGGUACAAGAACGGCGCGUGGCUCAAGGAGGGCCCGGCCCACACCCUCGUCUUCCCCGCGGUGGCCGCCGGUGACGCCGGCUACUACUCCUGCCAAGUGACCAACAGCCAGGGCAGUGACACGGCCCAGGCCAUCAGCCUCAGCGGGGACACUUCCCAUCCCUGGAAGUGCCCAAGGCCAGGCUGGAUGGAGCUUGGAGCCACCUGGGCUAGUAGAAGGUGUCCCUGCCCAUGGGACCAGCUGGGAUUUAAUGUCCCCUCCAACUCAAACCACUCCGGGAUUUUCCCUGUGACCACACCACGAGGACAUCCUGACCUCAGCAUCCUCUCCCAUCCCACAGAUCCACCCCGAAUUCCCACCCUCACGCUCUUCCAGGAGACCCAGGGUGGCCGGCUGGUCAUCGUCCGCUGCACUGUGGACAGCCACCCCCCGGCCACCCUGGCCAUCGACCGCGAUGGCACCGUGCUGGCCACCAGCGGGGCGCAGGUGGCCCUGGGCCAGCGGCUCGGUGUCACCGCCUCCCGCAAUUCCCUGCGGCUGGAAAUCCGGGAUGCAGGACCCCGGGACAGCGGGAAGUACCGCUGCGCCGCCAGAAACGUCCACGGCAACGCCAGUGCCACCAAGGUCCUGGUGACCCGCGCUGCAGGGCUCCUGAUCCAGCCCUCAGCGGAGGUGACAGAGGGGACCGCGGUCACCCUGACCUGCGUGGGGACAGGGGACACGGCCGAGAAGCCGCUCUACACCUGGUACAGGAACGGCCGGAGGCUCCAGGAGAGCUCACUCCCGACCUUGGAAUUCCCGUCCAUCCGCGGGGACGACGCCGGCGCCUUCCAGUGCCAGGUCCAGAGCAGGAACGGCAGCGACACGUCAGAGGCUGUCCCGCUCCGAGUGUUCUACCCCCCGAGGCAGCCGGUGCUGAGCUCGUUCCUGCAGAGCCAGGGUGGGCGCCUGGGCAUCAUCCAGUGCUCCGUCGAGAGCGAUCCCGAGUCCAACCUCACCCUCCGGAGAGGGGACGAUGCCAUCGCCUGCACCCAGGGCUGUCCCCAAGCCACCAGCCCCAGGGUCCACAUCACCAGCUCCUACAACAGCCUGAAGGUGGAAAUCCAGGAUGUGGUGGUGGAGGAUGAGGGGAUUUACGUGUGCCAGGCUGGGAAUUCCCAAGGAAGCGCCAGCGCCACUGUGGAUUUCAAGGCUGACACUGCCAAUGUCACCGUGUCCCCAUCCCCCCGCGUGCUGGAGGGUGACAAUGCCACCCUCACCUGCCACCUGAGCAGCGGCUCCACGGCUGUCCCCAACAUCACCUGGUACCACGACGGGCAGCAGAUCUCCACGGGCUCGGCCGCCUCGCUGGUGCUGCAGCCGGUGGUCAGCAGGGACACCGGGCUCUACCGGUGCCGGGCCAGCACCGCGGGCAGCAGCCGGAGCUCUCCCGACGUCCUCCUGGAUGUGCUGUACCCCCCUCGGGACCCUCUCCUGACGGCUUUCCUGGAGGCCGAGCAGGGCUCCCUGGCCAUCUUCCAGUGCUCCGUGGCCAGCAACCCCCCGGCCCAGCUGGCCCUGCUCCGUGACCAGGAGCUGGUGGCCACCAGCGCCGGCGGGACCAGCCCACGGGUCACCGUCUCCGCUGUCCCCAACUCGCUGCGUGUGGAGAUCCGGGAGGUGACACCGGACGACGAUGGCAGCUACCGGUGCACGGCCACCAACGCGCACGGCUCCGCGGAGCGACGGCUCUACCUGCGGGUGCAAGCCACCCGAGUCCUGAUCUCACCGUCCUCGGAGGUGCUGGAAGGUGACAACGUGUCCCUGAUGUGCCAGGUGGCCGGCGAGCCACAGGGCGGCACCGUCUACUCCUGGUACAAGGACAGCAAGUGGCUCCAGGAGGGUCCUGACAGUGUCCUCGUGCUGUCCCGUGUCACCAGCACUGCCACCGGCUUCUAUCACUGCCGGGCCCGGGGCUCCGCGGGGACCAGCGUGUCCCCCGCUGUCACCCUGCACGUCUGCUACCCCCCGCGGGUGCCGGUGCUCAGCACCUUCCUGGAGCCUCCGGCGGGCCAGCGCGGGAUCCUGGAGUGCUCCGUGGACAGCUCCCCGCCGGCACAGCUGGCUCUCUUCAAGGACGGGGCCCUGGUGGCCUCCACGGCGCUGUCACCGCCUGUCCCCCAGCCACGGCUCAGUGUCACCGCGGCCACCAACACGCUGCGUGUCCGCGUGCACCCCGUGCUGCUGCAGGACGAGGGCGAGUACCAGUGUGUGGCCACCAACGCCCACGGCAACGCCAGCGCCACCGGGAACUUCUCCGGAGGCGCCGCCCGGGUCUGGAUCUGGCCGUCCCCGGACGUGCGGGAAGGGGACACUGCCACCCUCACCUGUGCGGUGGCAGGAGGGGACCGGGACGUGCUGAGCUACACCUGGUACCGGAACCAGGUGUGGCUGGGCACCGGCUCUUCCCAAAAUCUCACCUUCCCUGGGGUCACCGCCUCCGACGCCGGCUCCUACCAGUGCUCCGUACGGACCCCGGCCCGGAACCACAGUGCCACCCCUGCCACCCUCAACGUCCUCUACCCCCCCAGGAACCUGCGGCUGCAAUCCUUCGUGGAGAGCAGCCAGGGCACGGCCACCAUCCUGCUGUGCGCCGUGGACAGCCACCCCCCGGCCCAGCUCACCCUGCUCAGGGGGGGACACCCGCUGGCCUCCAGCCCCCCCAGAGGAGGUGACAGCCCCCGGCAGAGCAUCCGCGUGUCCUCCUCUCCCAACGCGCUGCGCUUGGAAUUCCGGGAAGCCUCCGAGGAGGAUGAGGGUGAAUACGAGUGCCGAGCACGGAGCGCCCUCGGCGACAGCCGCGCGUCCCUCACGCUCCGGGUGCAAGCCACCAGGGUGCUGGUGCGACCCUCGGCCGAGGUGGCGGAGGGGACAGAGGUGACGCUGACGUGCCAGGCCCCUCACGCGCAGCCGGGCACCCUCUACACGUGGUUCAAGAACGGGCGCUGGGUGGCAGAGGGAGCCGAGCCCUCGCUGGGGCUCCGUGGCCACCGCUCCGACGCGGGGCUCUACGGCUGCCGGGCGGGCCGGGGGCCCCGCGCCCCCGCCGUGGCCCUCGCCGUGCUCUACGCCCCGCAGGAGCCCAGCUUUGCGGCGCUGGUGGAGCCCCGCGGGGGGCGACAGGCCGUGCUGCUCUGCUCGGCCGACGCUGUCCCCCCGCCGGACAUCGCCGUGAGCAGGGGACAGGGCCAGCCACCCCUGGCCACCAGCCGCGGCCCCUCCGACCCCCGCUUCGAGGUGCGGGCCACCCCCACGUCGCUGCGGGUGGGGAUGGCGGGGCUGGAGCCCGGCGACGCGGGGCUCUACCUGUGCUCGGCCACCAACAGCCGCGGCUCGGCCACCGCGUCCCUGCGGCUGCAGGUGCCAGGGGUCACGCUGACGGUGGAGCCCUCGCAGGAAGUCCCCGAGGGCACCAGGGCCACCAUGAGCUGCUCGGCCACCGCCUGGGGGGACAGAGGUGUCAACUACACGUGGUUCCGCGACGGGCGGUGGCUUUGGGAGGGACCGUCCGGCUCCUUCGUCCUCAGCCGCGUGUCCAGCGCCGACGCCGGCUCCUACCAGUGCCAGGCCAGCGGGGCGUGGGGCACGGCCACCUCUGUCCCCCUCAGCCUCAGUGUCCUCUGUGAGUGUCCCCAGCGCCACCAGGCACGCUCCAAAGCGUGUCCCCAGCCGCUGUCGCCGGUGUCACCUCCGCGAGGGCAAGGGGAGUUUGCUCCUCUUCCUGCCCUGCUCUUCUCCCUUUGGGGAUUUUGGGUUUGUUUGGGGUUUUUUGGUUUGGUUUUUUUUUGUUUGUUUGUUUUUGAGGGUUUGUUUCGUUUUGGUUUGGUUUUUUGUUUUUGUUUUUUGGUUUUUUUGUUUGGUUGGUUGGUUGGUUUUGGGUUUUUUGACCCUCCCCGGGCCGUCUCGGUGAGCACCUUCCUGGAGAGCCAGCACGGCCGCGGGGCCAUCGUGCUGUGCACGGCCCAGAGCCACCCGCCCUCCCGGCUGGCCCUGCACCACCACGGCCACCUCCUGGCCACCAGCCUGUCCCCCGCCGCCACCCCGGGCGUCCGGGCCACCCCCUCGCACAACGCCCUGCGCGUGGAGCUCGUGGCCGUGGGGACAGCGGCCGGGGGACGCUACGUCUGCGUGGCCACCAACGCCCUGGGCAACGCCACGGCCAGCGCCGACUUCGAUGUCCACACCCUCAGCCACCUGCGCAUCUUCCGGGUCCUGUCCGGGCUCCUCGCGGCCAUCGUGGCCAUCGCCAUCGUGGCCCUGCUGGCCGUGAAGGUGUGGCCCAGGAUCAGGAAGUUCCGGAGCUGGUCCCGUGCCGAGGACACCCUGGAGCUGAGGAGCAAACAGGACCUGCCACAGAUGGACGGAGCAUCUUGACCCGGUGGCCCUCGGACCCCAGGCCAGCUGCGGCCGCUGGAAUUUCCCGAUCCUGGCUGGACCCAGGGACAUCCCCGGGGACCCCCCAGCCCCAUUCCAGCCCCUCGUCCCUUCCCGAAGGAUCCUUGUCACCUCCUCACGUGCCAGGCGCCGGUGACACCUCUGGGCUGGGAACCCCCGGGGACAAGAAUAAAAUCCAAC